UACUCUCUCACGUUUCAACACUUUCCGAGUUUUGGAAUUUCGAAUUCGUCUCUCUCCAAGUCUCUCAGCUUCAGAAGAUCACACCAUGAAAGGACCGAAAGCCACCUCGAUCGCUCACAAGAAAAUUGACUCAGAAAUGGUGAAGAAACGUAAGGCUGAUGCGAAUGCGAAGAAGGAAAAAGCGAACAAGAAGAACUCAGGUGCUCCGAAGCGUCCUUCGAGUGCAUUCUUCGUCUUCAUGGACGAGUUCAGGAAGUCGUUCAAAGAGAAUUUUCCUGAUAACAAAUCGGUUUCAGUUGUUGGGAAAGCUGGUGGAGUGAAAUGGAAAGAAAUGUCUGAAUCUGAGAAAGCUCCUUACGUGGCAAAGGCUAUGAAGAAGAAGGCGGAGUAUGAGAAAGCAAUGGAAGAGUUUAACAGCAAACUCAAUGGCAAUGGAGAAUUGAAGCCUGAUGAAUCUGGAAAAUCAUCUUCUGAAGUCCACGAUGAGAACGAGCAGGAAGCGAGCUCUUAGGGAAGGGUUGGAGCUUGCUGCGAACGGAUGAAUGUUAGUACAGUUCGUGGAAAUAAAUUUGGACAUGUGCAGUGUUGGUUUAGGUCAGGGGCUUGCUUACGAUAGUAAUAGCUUUAGUAUGUUGCUUUACUGUUAAAUUUUUUGCAUUCAGAUAGUGUUUGUGUUCUUUUUUCUGGUUGUUUCCUUCACUGUCCUUAGUUUCAGAAGAGCAGUGUUAGUAAAGGAAACAGCGUACUGGCAGUUCCAGUGACAAAUUUGCAACAAACAGUUUAGCGUUCUUCUGUACUGACAGUGACAACUAUUGUUUCCACCCGAAUCUUCACUGUGGUGAUGAUGCUAAUAAUGGCAAUGUGAUACUCUGGAAAGUUAAUGAACUAAUAGUAUAUUAGCCUUGCUG